AAGUCAAAACCAAAAGUCACUAUUGGACUGAACAAUUCGACAAUUAGUGUUAAAACUUUAAAUAUUUAGCAUAAAGAAAAAUAAAAGUCGGUGUAAUUUGUCACGGGGAUGUUUAGGUGUUUAACGGUUGUUGUUAAAAGUUCCAUUAAGUUAUGAAAAAUUUGUAGUCAAUAUGGUUGAUUUUAGUGAUUAUUUUUGGGGUGAGAAGAAUAAUGGAUUUGAUGUUUUGUACCAUAAUAUGAAAUUUGGCCUUGUCGCCAGCAAGGAGUUAGCUGAAUUCUUCCGGGAGAGUUCAAACAUAGAAGAGUAUAACUCGAAAGUUUUGGGAAAGUUAGCCAAGCAGGCUGGCAGUGGAUGUGUGCAAGGAACGUUUGCUCCAGUAUGGCAGGCUGUUCGAUCAACAGCGGAGAAGUUAUCUCAACUCCACCUACAGAUGGUCCACAAGAUAUCGGAGCUUGUCAAAGAGGUCACAAAAUACGCUGAUGAGCUACAUAAAAAGCAUAAAACCGUAAAAGAAGAAGAAUGUGGAACAUUAGAAGUUGCUCAGGCAAUACAGUCAACGUCAGUUACCCUACAAAAAGCAAAAGAUAUUUACGUUCAACGAGGACAAGAGCUGGACAAAUUGAAAAAAGAUAAUGCUUCAGCGAAAGAGCUAGAAAAAGCAGAAUUGAAACUAAAAAAAGCACAAGAAGAGUAUAAAACCCUUGUAGAUAAGUAUAGUUCAGUCAAGGAGGACUUUGAAAAGAAAAUGUCCCUGGCAUGUCAGCACUUUCAAAAAAUUGAAGAAGCACAUUUAAAACAAAUGAAGGAGUUUCUGAACACCUACUCUGAACUUGUUGAAAACAACCAUGACUUAAUUGGGCGGGAAUACAUUGAAUUCAAAAGGCAAUGUGUGGAAAUGACUGUUGAAAAGCUACUUGAACAGUUUGUCCUCAGCAAAUACACUGGGCUGGAAAAGCCAGGUUGUAUUGAGUUUGAAGAGGUUCCGGUGAGUGUAGCGGCUGCUGGGGUAGAAGAGGCUAAGCCCUCCACGGCCCCUGGAGUCAAGCGAGAAGGCAGCGGAGGGGUGGGGACCAAAGACGGCGGGGGGGCACCAACUUCAGCCCCCACUAGCCCCACUACCUCUGCCAACGGUCCCCCAUCUGCCAUCUCUACCAACUUACUUGCCAGAAACCCCCUGCGAGGAUCAAAAUGGUUUUUAAGGAGUAGGAGAGAUAAGCGCAAGGAAAAGAAAGCUAAGAAGAAGAAAGAUGGGAGUCAAGACAGUACGAGCUGUAAAGAUGAAAAGUCAGAUGUGGAAGAGAAAGAGGACACUCACAAGUCUAAAACUCCAACACCAGAAGUUGAUGAUGAAGGUUACUGUAUUCGACCCAAGUUGGACCCGUGGGAUCAUGAUAAAGGCAGCUUUUACUCUAGCUCUGAUACAGAUUCUGAGGAUGAACGAGAACAGAAGAUUCACGUGGAGAUAAAACCUCUCGGCAAUGGAACAGGACCCAUCAGUGCGAGUGUGGACGAGCUUAGAGCCACUGUUGAAAACAUCUCCCUCUCCCCACUUGGAACUAUUCCUGGAAGGCGAGGUUCUAAUGCUGAAGAUCACACAAUGAAGAGAUCUCAGUCUGUGUCGCAGCAAAUUGGAGGGGGAAAGCUGAACAAUGACCUGGUAGGACUGACACUGUUCCAAAGUCCAAUAGGAUCAAGUGCCUCAACCCCCACCACCAGUCAUCCCUACGCUCCGUUGCAGAGUCCUACGCUAACUUCGGCCUCUAGUCCUGCACCUGUUACCACCAGUAGAUACUCAGAUUUGCAAGAUUUAUUCCAAGAGGUAGGUGUUAUUCAGCCUGCAGGUGUAGGGGUUGAGAGGACACAGAGACAGACUCCUACCCCCACCUCGGGUAUUGCCAUUCCGAGGCCUCCAUCCCGUCGAGAUGACAUUACUUCUAGUGGCACACUGAGUCGCAACAAUGCAGGUAGGAACAGUCCAGCACUGAGGAGCAGCCCAGGCCCCAGCAACAUCGCGCGUGCAGACAGUGUGAGCAGUCUAGAGUUCCGUGCAGCAGGAGUGCCCGUGGGUCUGUCCCGCGGGCCGUCCCCUCUUACACUGGGCAUGUCUGACACUAUACCACUGGCAGUGGCCUUUCACGAGAUGAUACACUCCUACUUCCAUGGCACUGACGAAAAGAAGUGCCAAGUGAAGUUGUCAGGAGAUAUGAUGCUCUCUUUUCCUGCCGGCAUCGUAAAUUUGCUCACCAAUAAUCCGAACCCAGCCCAGCUCAUUUUUAAGCUCACCAACUCUUCUAGAUUGACCAAAGUGUUCCCUAACAAGCAACUUAUUAUUUGGGAUUAUGAUGAACCGUGCCUAGAAACUUUGCCCCCUUGGACUACAUUCAAAUUCAACAUGAGUGCCUUAACUGCUCUAUUGAAACGCCAGGCUGAAAAGAAUCCUACAGCUUCCUACUUCAAUGUAGACAUACUUAAGUAUCAAGUGAAACCGUUUAUAGGGGCUGCAUCUUGUCCGUUCCAACUAGUGGCUUAUUGGAAGUGCGAGAAGAACCAGACAGACAUCAGGGUAGAUUACAUGUAUAACAAGAAGGCUAUGGGAUCACCCUCCCCUCUAUUGAACCUAUCAGUGUCGGUGCCUGUAGACGGGGAUGUCAAAGCUAUGAAUGCUGAGCCUCAAGCUGAAUGGGACAAGAACAACAACUGCGCAGUUUGGAGGUUCACAGAGCUAUCGGAUCUCACAGAGAAUGGUCCAAUUGGCUCAUUGCGUGCCAGGUUUGAGGUGGCCAAAGGUCCCAGUUCCAUCGGCAUCAUCGCUGUCCAGUUCAACUGUGAGGGAACUACUCUUUCUGGCGUGGACCUAGAACUGCAAGGGCCUGGAUUUAGGGUGUCUUUGGUCAAGAAGAGAUUUGUGUCAGGAAAAUACAUUUGUCACGGCUCAAAUAAUAAGAAUCGCUGCAUUGAAGGUAGUGAAAAUAACGAUGAAAAUAAUGAGAAUCAUUCAUCCUCGUCUUCAGACUCCUAACAGGAUGCUGGUUCGAUGCCCGAGGAAGAGUAUGUCUAGAGAUGGAAUCAUAAUAAUGUAUUUAUAUUCGUUUUAGUGUACUUUCAGUGAUAGUAUUUACAUACUCUGUUGUGUGAAAAACAUAAUUAUUUUUUUACAAGAUAUGUCUUUUAUAGACAGGGUUACUGAUAUAUUUAUAUAUACAGGGUUCCUGUAAGAAUGUAUUCUGACUAGCAUGUGAAGAAUUUUGUUCAUAAGACUUUGGGCUAUCUAACUGUUUGAUCAGGCACAGUAUAAAUAAGCCAAUGGAGAAAUGUACAUUUACAGAGAUUUGCCCAUUACAUGCACAGGCUAUAUGUAGUUUAAAGUAACUCUAAGGUCUGUAAAUUGUAAUAUAUUUGAUUGUAAUCAAAAUAUUAUUUGUAAAGGCUUAAUACAGUGUUAGUUAUGUUUUACUUCUGUCUUAGAAUACUACUUAAAUCUGUUGAUGUAAAAAAUAAUUUUUAUGCUUUUGUUUAAUCACUUGUUACUUGUUUUGUUAUUAUUGAUUCUGUUCGUGUAUUUGGAUUUUAAAAUUCCAAUAAAGAUUUGUCUUCAGAUUUUGCUGGUUAUAGAUUUUCUGCGUUUGAUUAAUUUGUCACUCUCUACUUAGAAAACAGGAUGGUGAAAUGUUUACUUGCUUCAGAGCAAUCAAAAAUUACAAUUCAAUCUUUUAUAAAUAUUUAAUUAAGUUAAUAAUCAAACACAAAAAAUACUAAGUAAUAGACUUAAAUGGUAGCCAGUUUUUUAAGUGCAAAAAAUAAAUGUUGGACAUUUUAAGUGGAUGUUUUCUUUCACUUAGUUUUAUCCCCAUUUUAACAGUUUUAUCAUGACAAUUUAUUUAUGUUGAACCAUUUGAUCAGUUUUUAAGGUACAAUACAAAUUACAGUAGUUGUCCCAUUUACAGUAAAGGCCCAUUUAACAGCUAAACUCUGUUUUUAAGAUUGACUAUAGCUCUGUUUAAAUUUAAAUUGUGCAACGAUGUAAUUUACAUUUUCUUCCUUCAAGGAAAAUGCAUUCAAAUAAAAACAGUUUUGAUGCUGAAUAAUUUAAGAUUAAUGACCAACCAUUAUUCUAAACAAAACAACUUUUGAAACAAUCAACUUUUGAAUCAACUUGAUCUUUAUGUAAUGUCUUAUAUAAUUUUAAAAAGGCUUUUCUUUGUUAUAGUUCAUGAAGUAAUACCAGUUGGAUAACUCAUAUCUAAGUAUAAUUUUGUCCAGCUUAGAUGAUUUAUGGACCAAACCUUGGAUUCAACAUUAACAUGUUAGAGGGCUUUUACUGUAGGAAAAUCAAUUUAUCUCACAGAAAUUCUGUUCCUCUAAUUUAAUUCUAGACAUGAAAAUGUGAAGAAAAUAUGUUAUUUUUUCAUGAAUAAAAAUCUUUAAAUAAGGUUGGCUUUUAUUUGUUUAUGUAAUUUUAAGAGUGUUUGGUACUAAAUGCAAGCGAUAAUGGUUUUCUUCAUUGAUGUUUUUUAAGAUGGUUUGUCAAAUAACAUGACAUUUUUUACUUGUUAGGAACCUAUAUUUGGUUUUGAAGUGGUUAUGUUGGUAACACUAAUUCCGUCUGUCAAGAUCUAAGUUCUUUUCAAAGCUUGUCGGGGUGUCAGUUCUUCAGAAUGAAAGUUCUUUACACCAAAAGUUUCAAGGAAGAAACAUUAAUGUUAACAAAUGAAAAGAAAAAAAAUUAGAAAACAUCUACCUGUAAGGAACUUAAGAAUGUCUUAAAUAGC